CGGCGGUGGCGGUCGUUCCCCGCUGGCGGGGCGGCGCCGGGCUGGCCCUUCGCCGGAGCCGUUUCCUCCCACGCCGAUGGUGCUCGGGGCUGGCCGGGCGUAGCCGCGGGUGCCGCGAAGGUGUUGGUCUGACUAAAAAGGAACCAUGAAGAGUGUGAAACACUAAAAGUCAAGUGGAAUGUUUAGAUGAUUGUCAAAUCUUUACUUUGAAUUUGAACCAAGAAAACCCAGAAACUGGUGGAAAAUGUCACCUGGGAAAAUUCUGCAACCUGCAAUGAAGAUGAAGGUAGAUGAACUCUUUUUGUGCUGGUUGAGUCAGCCUGCAACUCAGUCAACAAUAAAGGACUGCUUGAGGAGAGUGAAGAAUGAGGAGAAAACAGAGAUUGGUAGUGCAGAUUCAGGAAACAGUAAAAAUGAGAGGUUCACUAAUAAAAAUUCCAAUUCCAAGCAGUGCAUAUUAGGAGAUACCAGAUUGCCUUUGUCUUUCAGUCCUCCUCAGCUUUCUACUACUCUUCCAUUGGCAACUCCAGCUACCUCAAGGAACACUUCUAAUGUUAGAGCAACACGUCAAUCCUCAAGAACAAAAGUAGUUCAGACAAAGAAGGAAGAAACUUUGCCACCAUCACACAGUCAAAACAUUCCAACUUUUUAUUUUCCUCGAGGAUGUCCUAAGGAAAAAGUGAAUAUAGAUGCUGUGAUUGCCAAAAUUGAGAAAACUUUCUCUGAAUUUCCAAAUGAGAGGGCAACAUUAGAAGACAUGGGGAAGGUUGCAAAGGCUUGUGAAUGCCCACUUUACUGGAAAGGUCCCUUGUUUUAUUGUGCUGGAGGUGAACGAACAGGAUAUGUGUCGGUUCAUAAAUUUGUUGCAAUGUGGCGGAAAAUACUUCAGACCUGCUAUGAUGAUGCUGCAAAGUUUGUUCAUCUUCUUAUGAACCCUGGAUGUAACUACUUGGUGCAAGAAGACUUCAUUCCUUUUUUACAAGAUGUGGUGAAUAGUCAUCCAGGCCUUUCAUUUUUAAAAGAAGCGUCUGAAUUUCAUUCUCGGUACAUUACAACAGUUAUACAGAGAAUAUUUUAUACAGUAAAUAGAUCCUGGUCUGGAAAAAUAACUUGUAAUGAGCUCAGGAAAAGCAACUUUUUGCAGAAUGUGGCAUUAUUGGAAGAGGAAGCUGAUAUUAACCAGCUGACAGAGUACUUCUCAUAUGAACAUUUUUAUGUUAUCUAUUGCAAAUUUUGGGAGCUGGAUACAGACCAUGACCUCUAUAUUGAUCGGAAGGAUUUAGCUCGACAUAACGAUCAUGCAAUUUCGAAUAGGAUGAUAGAGCGGAUCUUCUCAGGGGCAGUAACAAGAGGUAGAAAAGCACAAAAAGAUGGGAAGAUUAGCUACGCUGAUUUUGUCUGGUUUUUGAUAUCUGAAGAGGACAAGAAAACACCAACUAGCAUUGAAUACUGGUUCCGCUGCAUGGAUCUUGAUGGGGACGGUGCUUUGUCUAUGUAUGAAUUGGAGUACUUUUAUGAAGAACAGUGCCAAAAAUUAGAUAACAUGGCCAUAGAACCUUUGCCAUUUGAAGACUGUUUAUGCCAGAUGCUGGAUCUUGUAAAGCCACAACAUGAAGGAAAAAUUACCCUGCAUGAUUUAAAGCGAUGUAAGUUGACAAAUGUGUUCUUUGAUACUUUUUUCAACAUCGAAAAAUACCUUGACCAUGAACAGAAGGAUCAGUUUUCUAUGUUGCGGGAUGGUGAAGGUGAAAGUCCAGAGGUCUCUGACUGGGAGAGGUAUGCUGCUGAAGAGUAUGAUAUCUUGGUAGCAGAAGAAGCAGCGAGUGACCAAUGGAACGACGGGUAUGAAGCAGAACUGAAUCCUGUAGACCAUCAGAAGGCCAAUGUCCUAAAGUACCAAAUGGAGAGAAGACCAUUUUUUGAAAUGCCUUCCCAUCUGGCUGAUGUAGACUUGGAUGAAUAUGACUAUGAAGAGGAUUUUGAGUAGAGGUUACUUAUGGUCAACACUUGCAGAAAGAGAAGGGACAGUCUGCAGCAGGUCUGCUAUACACCAAUACAUUUCAGUGGGGUUUGUUUCCUGGAAGUCAGCUUAGUUUUGUGCUAAAAAUAUUUAAUCACUACACUACCUUUUAAGUAAAAGAAGCGCAUUUGUAUGGAAUGAUGAAAAUUUUUGUAUUUAUUCAAUAGUUUAUAGUUUUUAAAAUAGAUUAAAAUAUUUAUUUACAGAUGUUGCAUAAUUCCUUUUUGGAAGAAUAACAAUAUUUGGCUUUAGAGAAAAGUAAUCUACUGUUUUUUAGAGAACUGUAUAAUUCUCUCAAAGUUGACGUGUGGUGCACUGACCAUCUCCGUCCUGCCUGUGAACAGGUAUUUCUGUCCUGGUGUGGGAGGUAAGGAGACAAUUUAUACCUGGCCUGCAAUGCGCUUACACUCAUAGAGAGCCCUAGUGGAUGCCUUGGCAAGGAAGAGGCAUGACAAUGAGUGCACGAUUCAGUGCUCAUUUACAAGCAGAGUUUUGUUUGACAGGCUGACCAUAUUAGUAGUAUACAAAGAAAGCGAAUGCCCAAGAUGAGUUGCUUUUCUUCUGUGUAGUCCUUGUUUGCCCGAAAUUUAAUUUUGCUUGCCCUUCUAAACUUCAGUCUUUUCAUUGAUGUUAAUCAUAAAAAAGAUUAUUUAACAAUGAAAUCUGUUUUAGUGUUCACACUUGAUCCAAAAUGGGUGUGUUAAUUCAUGUAGAAGGAACCAAUUUUUUUAAAAGAUCCUUUGUAUAAAUGUUACUUGAUAAGUGAUGUGCACUAAUUUGUUGUGGGCAUUCAGUGCUUUUGUCUGUCCCCCCCUUCGCUUGUUUGCUAUUGACACAUUCCGUGAAUUCAUCAGUGUCACAGCAGCAUGAAAUUGUUGUCUCACUCUUAAAUGUUAAACAGAUUUUUGUUGGGGGAAAAGAUGUACAAAAAGAUGUAAGUUAUUUUUUUGGUUGCAGUGUAGAUCUUUAAAAUGUUUAAAAAACAUGUUUGUAUUUUCAAAUAAAGACUUUCCUACAUGUAA